AUGAUAGGAGCGUUCCCCUCCAGCCGGGUUUCAGUGUACAGCAUACCAGCUCCACACGGCUCUGAACAGACUGCAAGGCAGGAAGGUCCGCAUAUUCACUACUGCCCAGCCUACCGAGAAGGCUUGUGUCGGAAGUACUGUCUCUUCAAAUGGAUGAGGUCCUGUUUCUGGAGAAGAUGGCUUCUAGGAAUACUACCUAUUGGUUUUUUAAUAGUUACAGUAACCGUAUUAGUCCUGCACUAUUCAUUCUCAUUCUCCUUUAUUUAUAUUGGUGGGAGUGUAGAAAUUCCUAAUGUGACUUACACAAGUGACUUCAAUGAUCCAGAGUCACAGGAAUUCCUCCUGCAAGCAGAAGCGAUCCAAAAUUCUUUUGCAGAAACAUAUGAAUCUUCCUUUUUGGGAAAGUAUUACUUGAAGUCUGUAGUGGCUGCUUUCAGUGAAGGAGAGUCUGGACUUCGAGCUUACUACUGGAAUACAUUCUGGGCACCACAGGAUGUGGUUGCUUCUCUUCAGAACUUAACCCCAGUGGAAAUAAAGAGAAUCAGCUGUAAACAAGCAGCCCACACAUUCAGUUCUUCUGGAGAGGAAGCUUUUGAUCUUGUUACGAUGGAGCUUUUUGUUUCAGAUUCCACAGAAUAUGAUGUGAUGCUGAAAUCAGCAGCAUCCUUUGACCUGUAUGCCAAGCCAGGUAACAACAGGACUCUAACUCUGAUGAAUCCCAAAAAGUCUUUCUAUCAAUGGAGGCUGCGAGUUCCUUCUAACUAUGUGGUGAGACUGGUAGUUAUCUCUUUGCAUGGUGUCACUCCAGACAGCUGUGCAUCACACCAUUUAUCAGCAUAUGAUUUCCUUCUUCCUCUGCAGAACAAGAUCAUUACAAGAUGGUGUGGCCCUGGAGCCUGGCCUCCUCCUAUUGUACGUUUAACUUCGUCAAGUAAUGUAAUGUUGCUUACCUUUUCACUGGACCGAAGAGAAGAAAGCAGCAUUUUAAAAGCUCACUUUCAAGCUGUUCCGAAAACCAUGUGUGGUGGUCAUUAUAUUUCCUGGAAUGGGACGCUGAGUUCCCCUUACUACCCAAGUUACUACCCACCAAAUAUUGACUGCAGCUGGAUCAUCAGAGCACCAUUGCCUGGCUACAAGCUCUCCUUGAAGAUCCUCAUAAUACAAAUUCAAGAGAAGUCUCCAGGGUCCAGUAAAUGUGAUAAAGACUGGUUAGAAAUUGAUGGGGUUAGAUACUGUAAAGCUCUUCCUGAAAGCAACAGAAACAGAGAAUAUGGUUACUCUGUCGCAAUCAACUUCCAUUCUGACGAGCUAGUCACCCACAGAGGGUUUUACAUUGAAUACAAAGCCUUCAGUCACACAGACUGUUGUAACCCAGAACGGUUGAACUGUGGUGAUGGGAAGUGUAAGCACCAGUAUAAGACUUGUAAAGGUGAUGACAGCUGUGGGGAUGACAGCGAUGAAAACAACUGCUCCUAUGAAAGUUGCUCCCCUUAUGCAUACAAAUGCCUCAAUGGAAAAUGCUUGCUGAAGCCAAACCCUGAGUGUGAUGGGGAAAGAGACUGUGCAGAUGGAUCUGAUGAAAUGAACUGUGCCUGUGGAAGACACCAGCUGAAGAAAACCAGAAUUGUUGGAGGUGAAGAUGCAAGAUCUGGAAAGUGGCCUUGGCAAGCAAGUUUGCACAUGGGAGCACAUGGCCACGUGUGUGGUGCAUCUCUUAUUUCCAAUAGGUGGCUCCUAUCUGCUGCCCAUUGCUUCCUGGAUUCUGAUUCUGUGAGAUACUCCGUUCCUUCGGGAUGGAGAGCAUAUAUGGGCUUGCAUACCAUUACUGAAAAGAGCAAUCGUGUAGCUAUGAGAUCAAUCAAAAGGAUUGUUGUCCACCCACAGUACGACCACUCUAUCUCAGACUAUGACAUUGCCCUGUUGGAAAUGGAGACUCCUGUGUUCUUCAGUGAGCUGGUACAGCCCAUUUGUUUACCCAGCACCUCUAGAGUGUUUGUUUAUGGAACUGUCUGCUAUGUAACUGGCUGGGGAGCCAUAAAAGAACAUAGUCAUCUUGCCAAAACACUGCAAGAAGCUCGGGUGAGGAUAAUCAACAGAAGUGUUUGCAACAGGCUGUAUGAUAACCCUAUCACAUCACGUAUGCUGUGUGCUGGAAAUCUGAACGGUGGUGUUGAUGCAUGUCAGGGAGAUUCUGGAGGUCCCUUGGCCUGCACAGGAAAGGGGAAUAGAUGGUACCUUGCAGGUAUUGUGAGCUGGGGUGAAGGAUGUGCUCGACGCAAUCGUCCUGGUGUAUACACUAAGGUGACAGCGCUUUAUGAUUGGAUUCGUCAGAAUACAAACUGA